GCAUGCAUUUGAAGAUAUGAAAAUCUUGCAUUAUAUUACUCAUCUUUAUCAAACGUACAUUAGAGAUAUACUAUCCAUUUGUGGUUCAUUCAAUUCAAAAUGGAAGACCGCUGUCAUGUUCUUCUGGUGCUAUUUCCGGGAUCACAAGGCCAAAUCAAUCCAAGUUUACAGUUCGCUAAGCGCCUUGUCAACUUGGGAGUGAAAGUCACCUUAUCAACCAGUCUCCACGUUAUCUCUAAUUGCACGGCGAUACCCGGCAUAGAUUUCGCCCCCAUUUCCGAUGGUCACGAUGACGGCGACAAGAAAGUCACUCCAGAUGGCUACGGCGCCAAGUAUAAUUCCUUCAAGACCAGAGGGUCCCAAUACGUGGCUACCCUUGUCAAGGCCAAGGCGGCGGACGGCGCUCCGUUUACCAGAAUUAUCUACACUACACUUAUGCAAUGGGUUGGGGAAGUUGCCCGGAGUCUUCAUGUUCCGGCCACGCUGCUUUGGAUUCAACCCGCCGCGGUUUUAGACGUCUAUUACUCUUAUUUCACUGAUUGCCAGGAUUUGUUCAAAAGUUGUGGUGAGAAUGGAGUGGUUCAGAUUCCUGGGUUGCCCGCACUGGGUACCACUGAUUUCCCUUCUUUUAUGUUCUCCAAGGCAACAACAAAUAACACUUUAUGGGAUUGGGCUAUCCAGGCCAUGAAAGAUCAGAUCGAUCUGAUUAACAGUGAAGACAACCCCAAAAUUCUAGUCAACACAUUUGAUGAUUUGGAGGUUGAUGCUUUGAGGGCUAUAAAGAAGAUGACACUGAUUGGGAUUGGCCCUUUGGUGCCAUCUGCGUAUUUGGAUGGGAAGGAUCCUUCUGAUACCUCGUUCGGAGGUGACUUGCUUGAAAAGUCCGAUGACUAUGUUGAAUGGUUGGACUCUCAGCCUAAGAGUUCUGUGAUUUACGUAGCAUUUGGUAGCUACGCUGAUCUCAAAACCACAAUGGUGGAACAGAUUGCUCAAGCACUUAUGGAAAGUAAGAUGCCAUUUUUGUGGGUUCUUAGAGAGACAUCCAACGGUGAAAAGCCAGAAGGAGAGUUGAGGUGCAAGGAGGAAUUGGAGAAGCAAGGGAAGAUAGUGCGUUGGUGUACUCAAAUCGAAGUUCUGCAACACUCGUCUAUUGGGUGUUUCUUGACUCAUUGCGGAUGGAACUCGACGAUAGAAAGUUUGGUGUUCGGGAUGCCUGUUGUGGCAUGCCCACUUUGGGGUGACCAAAGUUGCAACGCUAAGCUGGUUCAAGAUGUUUGGAAAACGGGGGCGAGAGUGAAAGCAAAUGAGGACGGUAUUGUUGAAUCUCGUGAGCUCAAGAGAUGCCUAGAAUGUGUAAUGGGAGAGGGAGGAGUUGAGCUGAGAAAGAAUGCUAAGAAAUGGAGAGAUUUAGCAAGAACUACCAUGAAGGAAGGUGGAUCUUCCUAUUUCAAUCUCAAGGCUUAUGUGCAUGAAGUGCUUCUUAAUUAACUAGUAUGAUACCCGAUGCAUAUUAUUAAGUUUGAGAUAAUAUUAUUAUUUAUGUGCAUUUUGUUCUUUCGGCC